ACGUUGACGUCAUCUUUGUUGCUUUAGGUUGCUCGUUGCUCCGUGCUUGCCGUUGCAGGAAACGAGUGUUCUUGCUAAAUCAGUGAAAAACGUCUGUGUCCGCGCAGAUACGAAGGAUUGCUUCCCCUGAGUGCUGACUCAUCAUUGAGAGGAUGUCUUACUACGAUGCUGAAAUGGGAGGGCUUGGCAGCUCCUACGGUGGAGCAUCCGCCUUCUCUGAAAAAGCCAUUCGCCAUGGGUUCAUCCGCAAGGUGUAUGGAAUACUCAUGGUACAGCUGGCCAUCACAGCAGGAUUUAUCGCACUCUUCAUAUUUGAGCCAAACGUACAGUUAUACACUCGGCAGCACCCGGGACUCUACAUAUCUGCCAUGGUCAUAACGUUUGUGCUCAUGAUUGUACUUGCCUGCUGCGAAAGUGUUCGUCGUGCGUUUCCUGUCAACUUGAUUCUGCUCCUCUUGUUUACUGUUUGUGAAGGUGUUUUGCUUGGCACAGUGUCAAGUUUUUACGAAGUGAAAGAAGUGAUGAUAGCAGUUGGAAUCUGCACUGUUGUAUGCCUCGGACUGACCCUGUUCGCUUUCCAAACAAAGUGGGACUUCACUGCGAUGUCUGGCAUCCUGUUCGUGUGCGCCUUGGUCUUCAUGUGCUUCGGCUUCGCCCUGAUCUUCAUCAAAGGAGAUAUUGUGCGCCUGGUUUAUGCAUGCAUCGGAGCACUCCUCUUCUCUGUGUACCUAGUGUUUGACACUCAGCUGAUGCUUGGUGGCAACCACAAGUACUCUGUAUCGCCAGAGGAGUACAUCUUUGCUUCGCUGAGUCUCUACGUGGACAUCAUCAACCUGUUCCUCAUGAUCCUGCAGAUCGUUGGUUACGCCAACAGAGACUGAACAUGCGUACCUCAUCUUCGACACGCAGCUUUUGGUUGGCGGGCGGCACAAGUUUGCCAUCACACCCGAAGAAUACAUCUUUGCAGCCCUGACACUCUACGUGGACGUCAUCAUGCUCUUCCUCUACAUCCUGGAAAUUGUGAGCCGUGCCAGCGGCGACAGGCGUGGUUCGUCGAGCUACGUCUGACAUUUUUUUCGUUGGCUCCUGCCUUGCGGGCUUUCUCCUUUACAUUCCCAUGCUGAGCGAGUGGCUGUCACCGUUUAUGGUAUGAUGCUGCACACACCGAUGCCCUUCCUUUACAGACUUGUCGUGAAAAAAUACUGUUUGUGUUUCUUUUUCAUUUUUCGUGUCUUUCAAGCUAUAAAGCACCUUGCAUCUUUGUCCUGCUACCCAUGCAAUUGUGUACAGGUGGCUUGAUGUACAGAGCAGAGGUUCAGUGUUUAAUGUUACCAUCAGUCAAUCUUGCGAGCAAUGUGCUAGCGUUUGCUUGGAUCAUUAUAAAGCCAGUGUUUGAAAGCUGAACUUAUUGAUGGUGUUAUAGUAAAGCAAAUGUCAACAUGAGACUAACUGGCCCUACUCUCGCCAUGUGCAUGCAUCAAAUCAAAAACCAGCAAGCUGUAUUUAUUUGUUUUGGCUAAUUUACCUCUUGUUUUGUAGCACAUUUUAUUAUCGAUUGCAGCUAAUUGUGGUAGGCCCACCUAGUCGGAACAGUAAAAAAAAAAAUGCUGACCUCUUUUUUUUAUAGGUUUUUAGGCAAUUGUUUCGGAAAGUACCGGCAUUUUGUAUUGUUGGUCUAGUGGUCUUAUCAACUGUUUCGUUGUAACUGUAUGUGCAUAGCUUUAUUUUUUUUAUGCAUGGCUUAUUAUUUAUAAUAAUGGCAGGGUUGAUAUUUCCUCGUUUUUAGACUGCAUGAGUUUAGAUUACAAGUACCAAGUUUGCUUGAAAUUCUUCUGAACAUUCAGUUCCUGAUGAUCUCGGGUAUGUACAGUGUGAUAGCUUAAUAAAGCAAGCUUGUAAUAAUAUGAGCUUGCAGGCUGUGGAGGGGCUCAUAGUUUCUUUAUCGGAAUGGAACUCCAUGAAGAGACAGUAAUUCUUUGUUUUGCAUAUCAUGCUUACUUUCAGGUGUUAGGUUAUAUCAUAGCAGUCUCUGAACAACAGUGUAAAUAUUAAUGCCCCUGUAUAACAGAUAAUAGUGCACAGUACAAUGUUUUAGUAUAAAAAAGGGACACUACUUGGGAUUGGGUCAUAAUCUUAGACAACAUCUUGGGAAUGCAUGUGAAAGAGGAAUGGCAGUGCCAUUGUGAAUUCCCAUGCUCACACUCAUUCUUUAAAGAUACGGAACAUUUGACUGCUCAUAAGUGGUCUACAUUUCAGUUGAAAAUAACAUAAGCAUGAGCCUUGACAAAUUGUAUACAGCCAAAAUUUUUCUUCACCCUUAGAAUGGGUACAAAAUUGCGUUUGGCUCCUUGUGAUACCAUAGACUUCGAGAGUAUCCAAUUGUAUCUUGUUGAUGAUCAAUCAUACAACGAUAAGUUAUGUUUGAGAGUGUUCUCAAGUGAACAUUUUCAUUAAGAGGGCUUGCAAAGAAAGAUAUGCCUCCAUAUGACCAUGAUGUUGCAAUCAUUUUGUCAGGGUAACUGCUUUGGUAGGAACUUAAGGAAAGAAGUGUGGCUUUAAAUUUUAUUAUUUACAAUUUUUUCGCUGCCAAAAAAUUCUGGAGUUCCUUAUGAUUAGUCAUUUGUCUGAAUGGCUUAGCUUAUUCUUUUUACUGUUUCUUUAAUUUUAGUGUCAUGGUACGCAAUGUGUUGUACUAGUAAUAAACAUCAGAAAGUCAGUUUGCUAACUAGAGGAUAUUUUCUGAAUCUAAAGAGGUACUCUACUUUGGUCUGCACCACAGGUUGUAGACCUUGGAAUUGGUCUGUAUCUGCCAUUGGCUCUUUGUGCUAUACCCGUCAUGUAUAUCGAUCAAACAGAACAGUUCUGUGGAGUGUUUUAGCAAAGGUGCAGCCCGCUACUCGUCUCUUACUGUGUAGAAAGAUGUUUUUACUGUAAAUUUAUUGUUUUUCUUUAACAUCUAGCAGCAUUCAGUAAAACUUCAGAAUCCUAUAGAAUUUAAUUUUUAUACAAGGUGCUUUCUGUGACACCAGGGCAGCAAUAAGCACAACUUUGCAACUUUUUAUUGUUCAUGGAAACCCGAGAGCCUUAAUCUGCAUAGCAAAUGUAUUCUCUAUUUAAAUAAUUGGCCUCUCAGCUUUAUUUAGAAGUCGGCCAUUUGAUUAUGAGGCUCUGUACAUUCCUCCGAGUGUUUCUUUUUUUCUCACAAUUAGACACUCUUUGGCAUGUAAUGCCCAUGUUUCUCUAACGGCAGCAACUGUAAGUGGCCCAGAGAGGUGCUUUCUUUUUCUUUUCUAGUUCGCAUUUUCUGAUUCGCAGUAAGGCGAGUGACGGUUUUCUGACGCUAAUCGUCUAGUCACCCCUAUAUAUACCUGGUCGCCUUGUAUAACAUAAUAAUAUUAGAGGUGCCACAAGAUGAAUGUCUAACAGAUAUAUGUGAAUAAUGCAUUUCUUCUGUGCUGCUACUGAAAAUGAGCUCCUAGCUUCCUGUUGCAAGAGGCUGAACAUAACUGGGCUGUGCCUUAAGCAACAGGAAAUAUGCAUAGCACGUGAAAUCUUGUGCAUGUCCACUACUUACUUGGUGCUUGUGUUCUCUCGUGACAAGCGUCAGACAAGCAGCUGUGUGAUAUAGCCAGGUUGCUUUGCUCUAUCCAAUGCGGAGCUUCUGUGUAGGUCAAUCUAGCCCAGACGAUGUUCUUUUUAACUUUAGAGUCCCAUGUUCAUAUUCUGUACAUAACUUUUUUUUAUGGAUAAAAUGUAUAUGCACCUCUUUGUGUUGACAGCUGGUAGAUCAAUGUAGUCACCUUCAUCCAACUGUUGUGGUCGCAGCUCCAAUUUACACAGUUGUAGCUCAGUCGGUGUAUUGUGUGGCUGGCAAAUAAAGAUUCUACAUGAACUGUU